AGUUUCCAUUCCAGCCCUGACAUGGUGCCAAGUGAAUCAGAGGGGCUGGAAUAAGGCCUGCCUUAUUUAAAGAGAUCCAGCUGCUUGGAAACAUCAAGUGUCAGCAAAGAAAGCACAGUUCAGCAGGAGCUCCACUAUCAAUUCCUCAGCAAUCGUGUGUGACCAGGUCUCAGAUAAGCUAAAUCAAUACAUAACCAAAGGGUCAAUGUCUGAAGACGGUCAGAACCUUCCAAACCAUCAGCGUUUCCCAUCUGCCACUCCUGUCAAAGAGCUGGAGCAUGUUUUGGACAGCUGCAGGAUGGAAUUAAAUCAUGUGGAUGAAGUGUGGCCUAACCUGUAUAUAGGUGAUAUCUUGAUUGCACAUGACAAGGAAGAACUGAGGAAAUUUGGCAUCACCCAUAUACUGAAUGCUGCACAUUCCACAUGGGAAAGUAAAGGAGAUCAAGCCUUCUAUGGCCAAGAAAUCCAUUAUUGUGGAAUAGCUGCAGAAGAUUCAACUGAUUUUAACCUGCGUGAGCAUUUCUACCCUGCCUCAGAGUACAUUAAUAAAGCACUGAGUGCUCUGAACGGAAAGAUCUUAGUUCACUGCGUUCUUGGUAAAAGCAGAUCCGCCACCUUGGUGCUGGCUUACCUUAUGAUCUACCAUCACUUAUCACUGACCGAUGCUGUCCAACGUGUCAUCCAGCACCGAGCCAUUUCACCAAACCGAGGGUUCCUGAAACAGCUACAUGACCUAGAUGUUGAAUUGCGAGACAGGACAAACCUGUGUGAGCUCUUAUAAUGGGGGUGGGGGGUGGGGGAGAUCAAUAGUGACUACAAAAUAUGAAGUGCCCCAAAGUGUUAAAGGAAGUAAAAAGAUUAAAUGAAUCUGAACCAAAAUUCUAGUGCCAAAGCCUACCCAUCGCCCACAUUUUGUGACGGGGGAUCUCAUAAUCUGAACUUGGAUCUGGCUCUGAAUUUCACAUCUGUCUCCUCUCUCUCUCUGUCUCAAACUGGCUUAACCCUAACCUUGAUCUGAAUAAUCCUGAUCUUUGGGAAGGUCAAAAUCCGAAUCCAAAUUUGUGGUUUGGACCUGUCUCCAAGAAGAAGCAGUGAACUAAUUGUCACCUGUUGAGUCUCCAUUUGUAUAUGCUGCCCUUCUGGGAUUGAUCCCAUAUUUCACAGUAAUCCUGGCUGAAGAGAACCCUGCAACAACCCUAACUCUUGAUCAGGUGCAGUUUGCUUUAACUGAUAUUAGAGAUGGGUGGCUCUCCGCUCAUGGAGUUUGAGGAUGUGCCGUGUGUGAGUGUGUGUGUGUGUGAGUGUGAGAGAGAGAGAGAGACAGACAGACAGACAAUGUUCCCGCAAGGGAGAGUCAAUUCAAAAAGGAAGGGGGGAAUGAAUUUCUCUGUAAAUGACAGCAUUUACACAUAGACACAUAGAAAAACAUAAACUGUUGAGCAAUAGUCAACAUGGUUUCUGUAAAGGGAAAUCGUGUCUUACUAAUCUAUUAGAGU